CGAAUCUACCGAACAGUCUUGGGAGGUAGUGCUCGCGUUCGCAGACUCGGCGCGUGCGCUGCACGACACGGACUUCAUCGCCUAUCAGGUACUCGCUUCGUUGUCGACGGGAAUCAUAAUUAACACCCACAACAAAAGCUUACGGUUUACCCACAAGACGAAUACAAGUUAGCACCGUUUGGAAGUCCUCAGUCACUGUAUUUGUAAACUCAAUCGUCGCGAUCCUCGUGUGGCUGAAGCUGCAAGAGCAGGCGAAAGCACUCAGGUGCGUGCGCCUGGCCGCUGCGCAUACGAGGGCCACCGAUACACUUCGCCGUGGAGUUACAUGAGUGCGGCGAUCUGAUAUCGCAGCGCAGGCACGUACAAGAGCUGAGUCGAGGGCGCACGCAGCCGCGGUCUGCCCUUGGGCGCCUGAGCUGGCUGCAUGGCGUCGCCCAGCCUGGAUUUGCGGAAGGCCGAGACGCCUGCCUGCGGGCACAACGGAAAUGAAUGCAUAGCAGGACAGCGUUGCAUGGGGGACGCGGCGGCGAGAAGCGUCUCGCCGGGCUCUGGAUGCCGGGAGCAGCAGCAAUGGAGUGCAGUGGCAACAGCAGAAUCAUUGACUGCGGAGCCGCUAGCACGUCCCCCGGUUGCUGCACACCACAGCAGCAGCAGCAGUAGUAGCAGCCGCAGUGGUGGCACCGACGCGCCACUUGUGCAGGAAGACGCAGUCGCAGACGGCAGUGCCAGCAGCAAUGCAGGGCCUGCGGGCAGCGUGGGGGCCUGCGCGCAGCGCGCACGUGGCUGCUGUGUGUCGGACGGGUCACGGUUGGGUUGCCCUCCAGCCGUGCCCUCCGGUCCCCUCUCGGGCUGGCAACAACAGCAGCAAUGCAAUGCUCGGGUAUCACGCAGUUCACCCCGCCUUGUUAUCUCGCCUGGCAGCCCUGCAUCGGCGGACAACGAGCGCAGUGCCACCUGCUGCAUCUCACGUCCACACCCAGCGGGCCAGCUAACCACAGCAAAGCGGAAAGCAAUGGGCCUGGGAGCAGACGACGCUGGGGAAGGAAGAGGACUGGCGUGGCGCAGCUGCGGCGGCAGCAACAGGGCCGCCGGGUCAGGCGUGAUGGGGGCCCUGCUGCGGUUGCUGCUGCCGCUGCUAGCACUAUGGGGUGCGGGCCGGCCCGCGGCUGCCAGCGACCUCACGGGGACUGCUUUUCCGUUUGAGAACUGCAAACAGGACCAGCGCAACUCGCCGUACUACGCCACCCUGUACAGCUACCGGGAGAAUCCGGAGAAGCAGACCUCCACCGUGUGCAUCCAGAUCCGCACGCUGGACGUCUGCCUGCCGGGCAAAUGGCGCUGCUGCAACACUUCCAUCAACAAAGUGAAGUUCUUCCCAGCUCUGGGCUGCCGCGGCUCAGUGGCGUCCGCGCUCAUCAACGGCAACUCCAUCAUGUCGUACUACUGGGAGGAACACCAGGGGCUGGACAUCCUCAAGAUCACGCCACUCGCGCAGUGGCUGAGCAGCCCCGCCAAGUCCGACGGCGCCAUCGUGUGUCUCAACCUCAGGGCGCCCUGCUGGACCGUACAGUCCUUCUCCUACAACGCCGCGCUCAUGGAGUAUGCCCUGUACGACAAGAAGGUGAACAAUUACGAAUGCUGCCCCGUGGGCACGAUCGUACUGCCCGGCGGCUCCCUGGAGCCCAACUUCCCCUCGCGGCCGCCGCCCGGCCGCCAGCCGCCCAUGCCGCCCGGCCUGCCGCCGCCGGACCUCCCGACCACGCCCCCGCCGCGCGGCAAGUCGCCGCCACCCAAGGGAAAGCGGUCGCCGCCGCCACCGCCGCCCAAGGCGCCCAAGGCGCCCAAGGUGCAAAAACCGCCGCCAGCGAUGCCGAAUGUGCCGCCCAGCCCACCGCCACCUCAGCCGCCGCCGCCGCCGCGCGUCCAGCGCCCACCGCCGCGCCCGCCGCCAUCCCCGCCCCCGGGCCGCAAGCGGCCGCCGCCGCCGUCCGUACCGUCACCGCCUCCGCCCUCCCCGCCUCCGUCUCCUCCCCCACCCCCAACCGGCCGCCGCUCACCGCCCCCGCCGCCACCCACGGGGACGCAGAACCGGCGGCCGCCGCCGCCGCCAGUCGCGGUCGACCAGACCUGCACCUUCACCGCCGCCAUCCGCCGCACCGCCGCCGCCAACCAGGGUUUCGCCCAGUCAGUCUGCCAGCUGUUCGGCGCUCUCAUCAUGCUGCCGUUGUACGACGGUUCAGAUUCCGGAUCCAAUCCAACCUUCACGUGCGCCAUCUCCACGCCGUCGUACAUGGUGCUGACCGGAUCCGACGUGCCUGCGGCCAGUGUACGGGCAUUGUUUGACGCGUACGGCGACGGCGGGCAAGUUGACAACGCCGUGAUUCUGCUGGGGCUGGGCGCGUGUGGCACCGACUCGGCUCUGCUGAGGACCGACUGCCCCGGCGUCGCGGUCAACACACGCGUGCUCACGUGCGGUGACCCCAAUGCCGCCCUGACCUCGCCGCCGCCACCGCCGCCACCCGUGCGGCGCUCGCCGCCGCCGUCGCCGCCGCCGCCGCCCCCCGUUCGGCGGCGCCCGCCGCCUCCACCUCCUCCGCCGGCGGACGUGGCCACGCCAAAGAUUCUUGUGUUCCAGGAUUCAGCCUACCUGAUCUUCUACACGCCGACUGACUGGAACAGCGGUCAGUCCACGUGCCAAGGCCUCGGCGGUAACCUGGCCGCAAUCGAUUCGCAGGACGAAUACAACUUACUCGCAGACGCAAUGCUGGAAGACCUUGCGCCCGAGGGUUUCAUCAAUCUGUGGUUCGGCCUAACCGUCACAACUGCCGGCGGCGCCGCCAUCCCCGGUUUUAACGCUGACGGCAGCCGCAUGUCGUACAUGCCGAUCAACUUUCAGUACGACCGCACUCGCGCCGCCGUGCGGUACUACUACAUGACCUGCGAUGCCAUGACGCGUGUGUGCUCUUGGAACUACAGCCCCGGAGGCGCAGGUGACAUCCAGUCCGGAUACAUAUGCGAGUUCAUGACCGCGGCCCUGACGGGUUGAGGCGUCACGUGGCAUCACCUCCACGGCUCCAGGGGAGUCCUCACCCCCCAUCCUUACAGGCUGCGCAGGCGAUAGGUUGCUCCGGGUGUGGCAGCAGCCGGUGGGCUGCCCUGCGUAGCCGCUGUGCGUGCAUUGAUGUGGGUCAUGCGUACCGUAGGCGACAACACACAGAAACUGACACCGUGCAGCUGCAUAUCAAGUAUGGCGGGCGGGAGCUUGUUUAUGACAUUGUCAGGGGUUGGCGUGCAGAUGACGCCCCGAGCCUGAAGACCUGAUUCAUAUAAAUAGCAUACGGCAGAGCAUGCGGACGUGACGCGCAUAAAGUAUCCGUGGAAGUAACCAGUAGUCUAUAAAGAUCCGAUUGAUUUUAGCUUAGUAUCGUAAUGUUCGCUUGUGGGCGCCGGCUGGUGCGCGCACGCAGGUGCACGGCCUACAUUCCAGCAUCACCCAUUAGUCUCCGCCUUGUUUCAACGAUACGGUAAUGGGAAGAGAUGGCUGCACUGCGCGGCGUGGGGAUAACUUACAGUUGUGCAUAGUUGAAAGGAUGAGACCCCUUUUGUGAGUGAAAUGAUGAAUGCAAGACGAAUGAUGGUGUCUGGUUCGAGCGCUGUAUGUGAGACGGCAUAAGCGGCACUGGCUCAGUGUGACAGCACCACGCAACGGGCGGUACAGUAGGUCUGGUGGACUUGACUCAGUACAAAGCGCUGAAGCACAUUAUGCGCGCAGCCCUUUUGAUGACUCGAAUAUGCAUUCGGAUUAGCGGUGGCGGGUGAUGGGGUGCGUGUGUGCUGCAGCGUGUGCGUGCUGCAGAGUCUGGAGGACAGGUUGAGCCUGUCCUCCCCAGCCGUCCGGCCCAGGUCCGUUGACGUAGGGAGAUAGAUGGGCUGAUCCGGUCUUAGCGCGAGCCCCAAUACACCGUCCUGAGUGGUCGUCUGUCCUAGUCGCAAACUUAACACAUUGCUUCGGCGUGUGGGGACGCGGCGUUGGCGAGAGCCACGGAUGGCCCUACACCAUGGGGGCAUGUUGCACCUGUGGAGGGCACUGUAGUUGAGAGCCCUGUCUUCCACCCCGUACGCAAUCGUGGCUGCACAGGCCCCAUCCCACAUCUGAGUCCGUGGUGCCGGUUUUGUAACUUCAGGACCCC